AUGGGUCUAUUGAAGUCAAGCCCCCAAUAUGGGCAAGCGUAUGGAACAUCAGGACCGUAUGUGAAAGAUCUUAUUCCGCCAAACGUGGGCUCGGGCCCUCAUCGCAAGAACGUCCAGGCACGCACGCUCGGUGUCUGGAUUGCCUUGGCUUUUACUGCCCUCGCCAUCUUCUUUCAGAAAUAUGUUGAUGUGGGGCCAAGAUACAGAGCUGCAGCUCUGGGACUGAUAUUCCCUGGAGCCGGAUAUCUCGCGAGCGCCAAUGUCCUUAGUGGAAUACUGUUCGUGCUGACCUGGGCUAGCAUCCCACUCGCUCUCUUUGCCUGGUUUGGUGCCGGAGCAAUCCUUUUCCCUCUCCUCGUCUGGGGCCUGUCUAUCGUAUGCGCCUACUUCGCCACAACAGAUACCGUCUGUGAGAACGCGGGUUAUUGGGCCCCAGGUAUUCUCUUUACAGGUUUCCUGUACGCCAAUGCCUCAUCAAGAGCUGAAAGAAAUCGGGGCUACAAGAAGAGAGCUGCGAGAAAUGAGUUCAUUCUGCGCCAGGCUGCUGAGACAGACAGACUCGUCGCGGCAGCUUCCAAAAGAGAGGAAGAUGAAGAACUAAGCAUUGAAAGUCUGAGGAAGCUUCAGUUCCUGUUUGAUCAGGCCUUUCAAAGCCUCGAUGACUGGUCAGGAUUUACUAUUGUCGACCAGUAUCAGACUGCAGCUCUUCGGUAUCAGAUCUACCAGAUGAUGUUUAUCCUUGGUCUUUACCAAUCCACCUACGCCCCAAAUGCUCACAGUUACGUCAACGAAGCCUUCCAAAGAAUCAUUGAGCGGUCUUUGACCCAGAAAGUUCUUAACUUCUGGAAGUGGGAGCGCUUGACUGGCAAGUUUUCUCUAGACUGGGAUCCAGUCAAGAAAGACAAUAUCAUGGUCACGGGGUUCCUACUGCAGGGAGUCAUGCUAUACACCGCCAAUACAGGUGACAUGAGAUAUACCAAGCCGGGAAGUCUGGUAUUUAAUAUUGACGACAAUAACAUCUAUCGAUACAGUCUUCAUGACCUCCAGGAGACACUCGUGCGACAAUGGUCUGCUAGCCCAUACUGUCUUAUCUCGUGUGAGCCAAAUUGGAUUUAUGUCAUGUGUAAUCUGCAAGGCAUGACGGGCGCAGUUCUCUAUGAUCGAGUCUUUGGCACAAAGUCAACUGAGGUGCUACUCCCAAUUUUCGAGGAGUCACUGAACACCAACUUCACCGAGACUAGCGGUAGUGUUUUGACCAUACGUUCCGAGUUGACAGGCUUCACUAUUCCCGGUCUGUGCGGUGCAGCAGGAGACUUGGCCGCCAUCAUGAUGGGAUGCGGUCCAUUGAGAAACUUCUCCAGACGUCUUUGGGCUAUCAUUCGGAACGAGACAGUUCAGUUCGAUACGAAAACGAAGGAAGUUUCGCUCACGGGAUUGGUUGGGGCGGAUAAGAUUGACGCGGGCAAUUAUCGGUCAAAUGACUACGCUAUGUAUACUCAGCUCGCUAUUGCUGCAGGUGAAUACGGAGAUGAAGAGUUGAAGGAAGCUUGUGUGAAGAAGUUUGAGAACGCAUGGGGUGUUAAGACAGCUCCGACGGGGUCUCAGCAUCUUAACCUCGAGAACGCGUCCUGUUUGAUGAACCAAGCGGCGUUGACAGCUGCUAUCAUUCGGCCUGGGGCAUACCACCGAAUGAUUCAAAAGGCAUGUACUCCAUCAUUAUCAUCGGUCAAGUAA